CAGGAGAAGCCCCCGAAGGACCCGUUUCCCAAGUGGCUACUAGACAGGGGACUUCGCGCCCGAGGGAGCCUCUGGAUUACCAGCCAUCGCUGAUUGGGGCUCCUCUUUUUUCUCUCUAUCACUCUGUCUCCCUCCCCUUUCCUCCCACCCCCUUUUCUUCUUUUUGGUAGCCUCUGCAAUAAACUGCUCUGAAAGGUCAAAAUGUUUAAACAUUUCUUGUGGAUAUAUUGGACCUUAUCCAUAACAUGUGCUCUCCACAAAGUGAAAGUGGAGAAAAGUCCACCAGUGAAGGGCUCACUCUCUGGAAGAGCCACCCUCCCAUGCUUUUUUUCAACUUUGCCGACUUUGCCUCCAAGCUAUCACAACGUAAGUGAGUUUCUCCGGAUUAAGUGGUCAAAGAUUGAACAGGACAUAGGUGGAAAAGAUCUCAAAGAAACUACAGUGUUGGUAGCCCAGAAUGGGAAUAUCAAGAUUGGACAAGGCUACAAAGGAAGAGUGUCAGUACCAAGCCAUCCGGAAGAUAUUGGCGAUGCAUCAUUGACUAUGGUGAAGUUACGUGCAAGUGAUGCUGGGGUUUAUCGCUGUGAUGUAAUGUAUGGAAUUGAAGAUACCCAAGACAUUGUUUCACUGGCGGUUGAUGGUGUUGUGUUUCACUAUCGUGCAUCUUCCAGUAGAUAUACUCUGAAUUUCAAACAGGCUCAGGAGAUCUGUUUGAAGAAUGGUGCUGUAAUUGCAAACCCUGAACAACUGAAAGCUGCAUAUGAAGAUGGAUUUGAGCAAUGUGAUGCUGGCUGGUUAGCUGAUCAAUCUGUUAGAUAUCCUAUUAGGCAACCUAGAGUUGGCUGUUAUGGAGAUAUGAUGGGAAAAGAAGGAGUUAGAUCCUAUGGAUAUCGCCUUUCUAAUGAAACUUAUGAUGUCUAUUGCUAUGUUGGAAACAUAAAUGGUGAUGUCUUUCAUGUAACUUCUCCCAACAAGGUUACCUUUGAAGAAGCUCAAACUCUGUGUGAGGAACAAGGGGCAGUUCUUGCUUCAGUUGGUGAUCUGCAUGCUGCCUGGAGAAAUGGUUUUGACCAAUGUGAUUAUGGUUGGCUGGCAGAUGGCAGUGUGCGCUAUCCUGCUUCUGUGGCAAGAAUCCAAUGUGGUGGAGGUUUACUUGGAGUACGAACAUUAUAUCGCUUUGAGAAUCAAACUGGCUUUCCUUACCCAGAUAGCAAAUUUGAUGCAUAUUGUUUUAAACGUAAAGAGAAUGUAACAGAUUUUUCAAUGGUCGAACUGAAUAUUCCUUUGGAAAGUGGAUCUGCCAAAUCGUUAACUGAACUAAAUGUAAUUCCUCCAAAAACUACACUUCAUCCUUACGUAUCUUCACUCACCUCAGAAAUGGUUAUGGUAAAACAAGAAAAGAAGGAACCUCGUACCAUUAAUUUAUCUACCCUUCUACCUCAAACUGUUACAGACGUUUCUGAUUUGUCAAAAAUGACCCAAACAGAAACUGUAUUAAGUGACUUAGUGGAGAUUACACCUACCCAAGAUAUUUCUGAUCUCCAUGAAGCAAGUUCUGAAAGCUCAGUUGAACAAAUAGAAGUAGCUCCAAUAAGAAUUUCUGUGGAUUCUGUAGCAAGGAAUAAUCUGAGUGUACCUUUAGAAACAAAGGAAGAAACACAUAUUGGCAUUCAGCCCAGCAAAAUACCAGUAGAAGCAAAAAGUGAUAAUAAAUUCACAACUGUUGUCAUUCCAAAAGAAUUGUUGACUAGUAUUUAUGAAUCUGUAGAAGAAGAUAAAGUUAUUUUGCCAGAUAAGAAGCUAAUAACAUCUAGUACCAUUUCUAAGGUAGAUAAAAUUCCAUCUUCUACGACAAUCUUAGAUGAAAAAGCCACAGAUACACCAGAUUCAGUAGCAACUUCAUUUGAAAGCAAAACAAUGUCUACCCCGGCUUAUUCAACAGGCUUUGAAAUACCAGUGCUUACACCAUCUGACAGAAUUAGUGUGGUACACUCAACAGAUUCAGUGGAGAAGGAAGAGCACACAGUAGCAUCUGUGGUUUCAGGGAAGAUGAAAGAUACUGUGACAUUUAUUCCAAUACUGAGAGCUUCAGAUGUAUCUUCAGGAUCAGAAGUAUCAAUAGGUGAAGGAAGCAUGUUUGGGCCCGAGUCUGCCACAAAGCACAUGCCUUUUGCCACAAAUGUAAAUGAAGUAGAAGGGUUCUUUACCAGCUAUGGACCUGAAAUGUCAAGUCAUCAUCACCUAAUAACACCAACACCAGAUUUGCAACAAGAAACAAUUGAAACAGAUGCAAAAUAUGAUUGGACUAAUGAGGAGAAUACAACUGAACAGCAACCAAUCUUCAGUAUUUCAAAAGAAGAUUACCCAGAAAUGGUCACUGAAGGUAUUGAAAUAAAACAAUCUUUUAUAGUUACAGAUACCACAAAGACUGCAACUCCUGUUGCAAUUUCAGAGAAAGACUACAGCAGUUCUUUGAUUUCAGACACCAUAGAAAAUGAGAUUUCUAAAGGUUCGGGUAUAGUUACUACUCAUACAGCACUCACAGAAACCAUAACAGAAGUCGUUCCAGUGAUUCAACAGGAAUCUGUUACUAGAGAUCUAAUUACGCAAACAUUGGUCACUGACCCAGCUUCCCCCACUGUUGUUCCAGAAUUAUAUUCAUUACCUGAACAUGAUGUAGCUGCUGAAGGAUCUGCAUAUGAAAUAAAUUACACUACUACAGAUACAAGUCCUGGUAUAAAAAUAAGAGAUUAUGACACAGUCACACAGUCUGAAUUGUCUCCUGGAAUCAUUGACCCCAAGCUGAUAGCAACAGGUGUUCCUCCCAUAGAACCAACUACCAAAAGUGAACAUAGGUCUUCCUUGGACAAAUUGGUAGUUCCCAUCUCUAGAGAAGAAGCUGCUCCUGUCACUAAAAAGUUUGAUGUGGGGGAAGUAGAUACUUCAACUCAUAGCCCAGAAGGAUCAGGAAUAAAAGAAGAGGACAUAGGAAUGGAACCCAUUUCAUUUUCAGUUAGUGCAACAAGCAAACCAAUGGUGGUAACUGGCAUUGCCACUACUGUCGGUACUGCGGUAGAUAAAAUCCCACCAACUUCAGCAUCCAAACUUUUAAUUAUCAAAACACAGCCACCUCUGAUUGAUGGGGGGCCUGAUGAGGAUACAAAUAAAGAUGUGCUGAUAAUUGAUGAAUCUAUUUCUCCCAUUAAAACUACUACUGAUGAUGAUUUUACAGGCAAAAUGGUAGAGCCAGAAAUUGAUACUGAAUAUUUUACCUCAUCAACUAUCACUGCAGUUUCCCAACCCACAGGACCACCCACAGAGGUUUUAGAGUCUCAAGAAGAGCCCCCAGCUACUUCAGAGGUUGCUACAGGGUUGGAAAAUGAAUCUAACAUACAUGUAUAUGUUGUUGCUAUUCCACAAAAUGAUACAGAUUCAUUGCCUGGACUUUGGGAUAUAUUUGGUUACCACAUCCAUCAUGAACUAGAUGAGCCCCCACUAGAUGAAUCAGCCACUGAGGAACCCUGUACAGAAAGUCCUGAGGAUGUUGCUGAUGAUAUCCUCAUUGUCGACCCUUUCUUUCCUGAAAUAUAUCCUCUGGAGGAAGAUGAGAGUGAAGAAGUUGACUGUGAAAAUACUACUGCUAUCACAACUCCUCCACCACUGCAGUUUAUUAAUGGAAAGCAGCAAGUGACCCCGGCACCUAAAGAUAUAAAAGCUGAAGAAGCAAGAAGUGAUCAAAUUUUAGCGCAUUCCAAAAAUGUAAAUUUUUUGCAUAUCAAUGAAACUAACAUGGUGUCUGAUAAUGAGUUCUUGGCCACAAUACAGCCAAGUGAAUCAACUGGAGAUACUGCUGCUACACAAAAGCUAAGAGCAGAAUAUGAUAUCGUGGAAGAAGUAUUUAGUGGAGACCCAGAAACUACACAUAAAAUUCAUGAGAUAAUAUAUCUCCAUGGCCAGUCCUUAUCAGACAAUAAUGAGAAAUUGAUACAGUCUGAAACAGAACACUUAGAAGAUUUAACUGCCCAGCCUGAAUCAAUAAGUUCUGCUUCUCCCCACACAACAAACAUGGAGCUAAAAGAAGACCCUGAACAGUUAAUUCUAACAGCUUCUACUCAAGGUUGGUUGCCUCAUUCUACCACUAUAUACUUAGACACUGGAGAUGACAUAGUAGCUCAACAUGACACUUCUGUUCCGCAAGAAAAUUAUAAUACAAACGUUAGACAUAAUGUACUUAAUUCUUACAUAAAUUUAUUGACAACCACGUCCAGUACUAAUUUAUUGAAUAUAUCAGAAGGGUCUGGAGCUGUUCAAGAAGACGGUUAUAAAUCAACUAGUGCAUUAAUAAAACCAGGAAUACAAGAAAAACAUCCUAGUCAGGAAAUUUUCUCAGAUGAUGGAAAUCCUAUUCCACCUAAACCUUCUGCUUCACAAUCUCCUGCUUCUUUGUAUAAAGAGACCAUGUUUAUUGCUGAACAUAGUCUUUUAGGAUCUUUGACUACUGACUCUAUUACUGAAAUAAUUUUGAGCACUACUAAAAGUCAAAUUAAUAUGGAGGGGGAUAAGGAAGACAGUACAAGCUCUAUGUCUUUAAAUAUGGAUAAUUCAACUGCUUUCAGCACAGAAAACUUGUUUAAUAGCAAUGAAUACUUAACUGAUAACAUCAGAGUUGUGAGUGAAGGAUCCAUAGCUGUCACCCAAACAAUCUCUCCUCUCAAAACUAAAGAAAUAACAGAAAAUAGAUUGUCCAUUAAUGAAGAAUCUGGUGAUGGAGAAUUGUGGAGGAAACCUAAUAAAGAAAUACUUUUGGGGGGUCCUACCAGCCAAGUGGUAAGUAUAGACUCCCAAUUUCUAGAUGCAGGUUUUGGAGGAAUUGAUAGUAUGACUCAAGCCACUACACAGACUUCAUUUCCAAUGAGGUCUGAAUAUGAAAGCAGUAAAGGAAAAGAAAUAGGUAGUAUUUCAAGUGAACCACCAUUGAAUCAUGCUAUUCAUACUAAUCAUACAAUGGAUGUGUUGGAGGCUGAAUUGUAUGGGGACGCUACAGACACUAGAAUAGAAAGUCAAGUAUCAAAAAAUGAAACUUACAGCCAAAGAGCAUCAGAUAAAUCAGAGGCAAGUGUGCUAUUGCCAUUUAAUGACAAGUCUGUUGUGGAGACAAAUGAAGAAGUGAUAACAACUAUAACAAUACAAGAGCAAACAAAUUUGUUUGAAACAUCUAGUAUGGCAAAUAUUUCUCCUGCCAUCAGUGUAGGAAUGAAGUUAAUACCAGAAUUAAUAGAAACUGAUAGGACUGCACAACAUUCCAGCAGUACUGCACAGGAUUCCAUAGUAGUGACAAAUAACAUAACUCUGCAGAAAGGAAGUUCUGAAUUCAUAGUAAAUGAAGGAAUGGAAUCUCUUCAGUUGGAAGAUAGAAAAAACAUUUCUCCAACUACCUUUGCCAAAACAAUUGAUCUUGUGGAGAUAGGCUCUGGAGAGGAAUCAGUUAAUGACACAAGUAGUAUGAAGCUGCAAAAUUAUACUUCGAAAGAAAAAGAAAUUAAUAGUAAAUUACCAUUGAUUGAACCAGGUUCUGGAGACGUAGAUUCUAUUACAUACUCUUCUACAAAAAAACCAGUUUCAUCUGAAUUUUUGGUACAAGAAUCUAAAAAUCAAAUAAAAAAUAAAAGUGAGGAAUCUAGCAUGGUAUUUCAGCAUCCAUUGGUUACAACAUUAAACAUAAGUAGUACCACAAUAGUAACCUUAAUGAACCAAAAUAUUACGGGAGCAUUCGUUAAUAAGUCAAAAAUGGCACAGGAAAUGCCAAAUGUAUUAGGAACAAAAGCUUCUGAUAAAACCUCACAUUUGGAAGGAGAAAUAUAUUAUGAAGAAAAAAGAAAAAUUAUAGAAACAGAAUCCGUAACACAACAGUCAGAAAUUUCUGGUACUUCUAAAUUUAAUACACAUGCAAAAGAACUACAAUUUGAUAUUAAUUCUGUUACUGAAUCUUUACAGAAAUAUCCGCCUUCAUAUGAUAAAACUGCAAGCACUUUAUUAAGAAAUGUAGAGAAAGAAGAAUGGUUGGAAGAAAAGAUUACUCCUGCCAAAGACAGUCACACCCUUCCACCCCCAUCUACAAUAUAUAGACCAAUAACCACAGCAACUCAUGUUCCAUUUUUGUCAAAACAAGACUCAAAAAAUGAAUUAUUUCUAGUUCAUACUACUGCCCCUGGAAAUUCUGCUACAUUAAAAGAAAGUUCUAAUGCAUUAAAACUUGACACUCCUUAUCCUAAAAGUUCAGAAGAACUUUUUUCAGAGGAACAACAUGAAGAAUUUGAGAGGCAUAAUGAUGAUUCCAAAUAUGAAUUUAAAUAUCCUUCCAAGCUAGAAGACAAUUUGUCUUCAGCCAGUGAUGAAACCUUUCCUGUGUUAUCUAUUGUACAUCAUGAGACAUCUACUAUAAAUUGGUUCAUUUCUGAACAGGAUCAGAAUAAAGAAAAAUCUUACCAGGGAGAACAAAAUGUACUAGCUGCAACAGAUAGAACUUCUCAAGGGAAAGCCUGGGUGUUUGUAAAGCAUGAAAAUAAAACUUCUGCUUCAAAAUUAUUUAUCGAACCCCCUUCCAGUGGAACAAUAGAAACACCACAUGCCACUUUAUUAUCCAAAGUGUCGGGUGCUGGAAACCAUGAUGGUUCUGGGGAAGGAUCUGGCUGGCAAGACGUAAUAGAGAAAAAAUCUGAAUCAUUUACCCAGUUACCAAACUGGGAGCUACCACUUCUAACUCGUCCUCCUCAUUAUUCAGAUAUUGAGAACAAAGGGGACACAAUGGAUGUAUCCCAAAAAGGACCAAACACUCAGACAGAGAAGCAUGAAAAAACAGCAACAUCUGAUAGUGACAUCUCAGAGAGUUUUUCAUAUGAGAGUUCCACAAACAACAUAAAAGACUAUGAAGAUCUUAUCCCUGUAGCUGGUUUCAAAAAAAAUUAUUCUGAAGAUAUUUCUAGCUUCAUUGAUAUUAUUGGAACAGGGCAUGGAGUAAUACUUGAUGAAACAACAAUUAUUGAUGUUGAUAAUUUGAAAUCAAAUUCAAAUAUUGAAGAUAUUAUAGAUCAUACAACUAAAAGGCCUGGAAGACACUCAACAUAUAAUAUUUAUACAUCAGCAAUUAAAAUUCAAAAUACAACACCUGAAAUGUUAAUUGAUGAUAAAAUUACAGAUAACCAAGGCAGUUCUGUAGGUAAUAAGUUCAUACACAGUGAAUCUAUCUUAUCUGAUCAUACCCCAACAUUAGAGGUGGGUUCAGGAGAUAUUGCGUCUUUCACAACAGAAAGUGAAAUUUCUCAGGAUCCACUUAAAACAUCCCUUCUGCUUCCAACACUACCUCUUCUUGUCAGUUCUACCAUAUCAUCUCCAAUUACUUCUAAUGAAAAUACCAGAGACGUAGGAGAUGGCAUUGAACGUACAGAAUCUGAAGAAAUGAUACAAUCCAAAUCUGAACAACCAACACCAUCAGAUAAUCAAGUAGUAGCUGAUGAAAGUGAAAUUACCACCAUGUCAGGAGAGGGACAAGUACAGAUGGAUAAAGAGAAACCUGUGGUUCUUCCUUCAACUCUAGCAAACAUGCCUCUAAAAACAGGACACACUUUGACCACAUAUCAACCAGAAGAAAGUACUGCUUCAAAUCAGCUUAUUUCACAAAAUGUAACAAAAGCUAAAGAAAUAAGCUAUGAAGGAAUGAAAAUUGAACUCACAAAAUCAACAGAAACAGUUAUGAAGAACUUGCUUCUCACAACGCAAACACCCAAACUGCCUGUGACUGUGCAUUUACUCAAUGGUGUUUCUGAACACCCAGAGGAAGAAGUCAUGCAAAGUUCUUCAUCAUCAAGUGAUUCUAGCAAACAUGGUUUGCCAGCACCAGAAACUUUUAGAGAAGUUAGUGCUGACGCAGCAGUAACUUACAAACCUGCUCUGAAAGAUUUGUCCAAUAAUACAGCAUUUCCUAAUGUGGAACUGGAGAACAGUUUCCUUGAAAGUAUAACUACAUCUCAUGGACAUGUACAGGAAACAAAAGAAAUGCCAAAAGAUGCUACCGAAAAAACAACUCUUUUUGAAGAAUUUAUUUCAAAAGAUGUGAUACCAUCAAGCUUUUUUCAUUCUGAUGCUGAAGACCUGUUAGAAGAAGAAACUCCCGAGAAGGUAAAAGAGCUAAAUCAGUUAGAUGGAAAUAGUGCUGAUGGAAGUUUGUUAUGGAUACAUAGCAUACCUUCUUCAAUUCCACAUGAGAGUAAAACGGGUGGAGUGUUUGGUGCUGAUGGGGAAGCCAGUGUUUGGCCAAUCUCACCACCACCAUCUGCAGAUAAAACCGUGAAACUUCAAACAGUCCAACCAAAGUCAACCACAAUUUCUUCUAACCUUGUAAAUGAAUAUUCAGGUCCUGGAAGCAUUUCUGAUUCAAACAAACAAACAAUAAAUACAGAGGAUGUAAAUGCAAAUGAACUUGUAACUCCACCAUUUUUACUUCUGGAUGUUACCAAUGGAUCAGAUUUCCUGAUUGGUCAAGGUGAAGGUUCAGUUGAAGGCUCAGCAAUUCAGAUCCCAGGCCAAGAUCUAUGUAAAAGCAAUCCAUGCUUGCAUGGGGGCACUUGUUACCCACGUGACUCUUUCUAUAUCUGCACCUGUAUGCCAGGUUACAGUGGUGAUCGUUGUGAAAUAGAAAUCGAUGAAUGUCAAUCCAGUCCUUGUAGAAAUGGUGCCACGUGCAUUGAUGGUGUCAAUACAUUUGCUUGUCUUUGUCUUCCAAGCUAUGUGGGAGCACUUUGUGAAAAAGACACUGAGACCUGUGAUUAUGGAUGGCACAAGUUUCAAGGGCAAUGCUACAAAUACUUUGCCCAUCGCAGGACGUGGGAUGCAGCUGAGAGAGAGUGCCGCCUGCAGGGCGCCCAUCUAACCAGUAUCUUGUCUCAAGAAGAACAACUGUUUGUAAACCGCAUAGGACAUGACUAUCAGUGGAUUGGCCUAAAUGAUAAGAUGUUCGAGAAUGACUUCCGCUGGACUGAUGGCAAUAUGCUGCAAUAUGAAAACUGGAGACCAAAACAGCCAGAUAGUUUCUUUUCUUCUGGAGAAGAUUGUGUUGUUAUAAUUUGGCAUGAAAAUGGUCAAUGGAAUGAUGUACCAUGUAAUUAUCACCUCACUUACACAUGCAAGAAAGGAACAGUUGCUUGCGGCCAGCCACCGGUGGUAGAAAAUGCAAAUACCUUUGGAAAGAUGAAGCCCCGUUAUGAAAUUAACUCAUUGAUCAGAUAUCAUUGUAAAGAUGGCUUCAUCCAGCGACAUGUUCCAAUAAUCAGAUGUCAAGGAAAUGGUCGAUGGGAUUUACCUAAAAUUACCUGCAUGAAUCCAUCUUCAUUCCAAAGGACUUAUUCUAAAAAAUACUAUUAUAAAAAUUAUUCACCAGGAAAGGUAAACUCAUUUAAUUCAUCAAAACAUUUUCAUCGUUGGAUCAGGACAUGGCAAGAUUCAAGGCGUUGAACCCACUUCUGGUAAAAGUGGGACAUUUGCCAUGCCAGAAUGCCCUAAUUUAUGGUGCCUUAAAAAAAUAAAGGAUUACCCAGCAUUUUGGAAUACAUAUGGACCUGAGUACAUACAACACAUAUCAAUGAUGGCUACAAAUGAAAAUACUGAAAAGGGAACAAUUUCCAGCCUAUCUAGUAUGUUAAUUUCUAUAUGUCGUUGGUGAGGGAUUAUUUGAUUCUUUACCCCAGUCCCUGUAGUAAUUAAACUCUUCCAUUUUAGCACCAAUGAUAAUGUAAAUAAGAUGAUUUAAUAGUGUUUAAGUGUGUUGUAUUUUAAAAAAAACCUGUAUAUACAAUAAGAUGUCAAACUAAGUUCAGGCUUAUUUAUGACCAUUUGGCUUCAGAGAUCUUUAAUCAUUUAUGUUGUUUGUCUUGGAGGUACUUUACUAGACUGGAAAUAAUUUCAAACUGUUAUCAGCAAUCAUUUUGUAAACAUGGGAGACGCGGCUAUUACAAGCUGAAGAUGAACUGUGAAAGUAGUUUUGGUCAAGAAACAGCUAUUUUCUAAUGAAGAACGGUAGAAUUUAUGGAAUGAAAAGCUUUCACAAGGAAUAUGAAAUUAAGAGCAACUUGGAAGAAGUGACUCCAAUAUGGAACUUGACUUUUGUCCUUUCUAGCCUUGGCACUGAUCACGAAGGACUUGAGGACUCUUUUAAAAAUUUGACAAGGAAGGGCUGUAGGAUUAAUAACAAUAAUAAUAGUAAUAAAGGCUAAUAAGUAAUAGUAAUAAAGGCUAAUACUUUAAUUUUCAACCAGGGCCAUUUAAAAAAAAUAUCAACUUUUCCAACACUAAUCAUGGGUCUAUUUUACAGCUCUCUGCAUUUUAAGAUGGAGAUAUAUAGACCUACUUUUUUGUAAAAUAAAAUUUAAAAAAGUAAAUAAUUUUGUAUAUAAAAUAUCUAUAACCAUUUUUAAUCUUUUUAUAAAGUAAUGAAUGUUUGUGUAUGAAUGCUGCAGCUGUGAAGCGUACAUAAAUAAAUGAAGUAAGCCAUACA